AUGAUUGAAGAAGUGAAAAGUGAAAGAUUAACAGACAUGAGUUCUAAAGAAAACGAAAAGAAGUCAACAGUGCAGGAGCAUAAACCACUUAGUUUCUCAAUCAGCAGAAUCCUUGGUGAUACAGACGGCAAGAAGUCACGUGACACAUCACAUGAUGCAAUUCAAAGAGUUCCCAGAAUGCAUCUGGCAACGAUACAUCAUUAUGCACCAGAUGUUGAUUCAACUAACUACCAUCACUUUGAAUCGAACGUGCAACCACGAGCCUGCAGCACACCUGAAAACGAGUACCCAUCGCCGACACCUACAAUCUUACACGCACCGUACAGGAACAUUCACACAAGCGAAGAUUCAUUCAGUCCGGAAUUCAACCACAACGCAUACCCAUAUUUCAAUUUCACAAAGUCGCAUACUUUAAUAAACACUAAAGAUGAGAGACAGAGCCCGCCUGUUUUAACAAAUGAUGUACCUUUGAGGUCAAAUGUUCAUUUGCUUGAAAAGUCUAGUGAUAAAAGUUUAGACUCUUUGGGAGAAAGUUAUCAACAAUCACCUAGUCCAUUCAAGGCUAAGAAAAAGAAGACAAGAACAGUAUUUUCCAGAAGUCAAGUGUACCAGUUGGAGUCAGCGUUCGACAUGAAGAGGUAUCUAUCCAGUGCAGAAAGGUCGGGCCUUGCAGCAAGUUUAAACCUUUCGGAAACGCAAAUCAAAAUCUGGUUCCAGAACAGAAGGAAUAAAUGGAAACGUCAAAUUAAUGGAGAAAUGGACGAAAUUCCUCUUCCACCAGCAUUUGCAGCAGGAUAUCUUCAGACGCCAUAUGCACAGCCGCCAUCUUUAAAUUCUUAUAGUCACGUGGUAAAUGCAAGAGACGAAUUAUUGCGCGGAGGUUUUACGGCCCCGGCUUAUUACUCACACCCAUAUGCGCAAGAAUCAAGACUUCGCCCAUCAUUUUUACCACCAAAAUAG